AAGGCAAGACGGCCUGAAGUAUUUACAAAACGCCACCAAAACCAAAAAUAAAAAGAAAGGACCGAAACAAGGUCACACUCUACCAACAAUUGUCGGAUGUAAAAAACUGUAAUGCCAGCAGCUGGACAUGUAAUGCCAGUAUACGUGCUACAUUGGCAUGUCUACGUCACCGAUACCGGUUCUCGCUCGUUCUCCUCUCUCGUCAAGGUUAAAUGCAGGAGCAGGAGUUCGAGCGUGGGUUGGCUGGACGCGCAGGCCCCGCGCUCCGUCGUGUACGCGUCGGUCGGCAGCGUGGUGGUGCUCUCCGCCGAGGAGGUCGCCGACAUGGCGCACGGGCUCGCGUCCACCGACCGGCCAUUCCUGUGGGUGGUGCGGCCGGACACCCGACCGCUGAUCCCGGACGGGUUCCUGGACGCCGUCGCCGGCCGCGGCAUGGUCGUCCCGUGGAGCCCGCAGGAGCGCGUGCUGGCGCACCCCGCCACCGCGUGCUUCCUCACGCACUGCGGAUGGAACUCCACCCUCGAGACGGUGGCCGCCGGCGUGCCUGUGGUGGCCUUCCCGCAGUGGGGCGACCAGUGCACGGACGCCAAGUUCCUGGUGGACGAGCUCGGCAUCGGCGUCCGCCUGCGCGCGCCGCUGCGGCGGGAGGCCGUGGACGCCGCCGUGGCCGGGCCAGGGGCCGACGCCACGCUCGCAAGGGCCAGGUCGUGGAGCGCGGUGGCGCGGGCGGCCGGCGGGUCGUCGGACCGCCACGUGCAGACGUUCGUCGACGACGUCAUCCGGCGAGCGUCACGAAGGCAAGCAGCUGGGCUUACGUCAAGCGGCUAAGCGUUUACCAUGUGUUUGGGCCGUCCAACUCAUGUAAUCAUGCGUGAGUUUGAGCUUUUCAUUCCCAGAAUGUGUGCGAACAAGUUUUGUACAUAAGUACGUGCGAUGUGUUUAUUUGCGUUUUAGAGUUUGC